AUGCCAGACCCUAUGGUGAACAUGCUUGACAAUGAUGUUGACACCCCCGGCUCGGAGACUCCAGUAUCCGAGUCCGGGAAUGAUCGCGAUAGACAGAUCACCACUCUGGCACGUUCCAUCUCUCAAAUCUCUCGAACUAGUAGCGCCUGCACCGGGGUACCCUCACAGGGUGUGAACACCUUCCUCGAUACUACUAGUGACCCAGAGUUGAAUCCCAACAGCGACCAGUUCAAAUCGCGCAAAUGGGUGAAGAACAUCAUCCAGAUGACCUCUAGCGAUCCAGAUCGAUACCCAGGUCGCACCGCAGGUGUCUCCUUUCGCAAUCUCAAUGUAUUCGGCUACGGCACCGGGUCUGAUUAUCAGAUGAAUUUUGCCAACUUCUGGCUCAAAGGUGCAGGAUGGGUCCGCAAUACCAUGGGCUUUCAGAAGAAAGUACGCAUUGAUAUCCUGAGGGACUUUGAAGGCAUUGUUCACAGCGGUGAGAUGCUGGUUGUCCUAGGUCGCCCAGGAAGCGGAUGCUCCACCUUCCUCAAAGCUAUUGCCGGAGAGACGCAUGGUCUCUACCUCGACAAGGAGAAAGGUUCUGAAGUGCAGUACGACGGCAUAUCCUGGAACGACAUGCACAGCUGUUACCGCGGCGAGGUCAUCUACCAAGCUGAAACCGAGACACACUUCCCUCAGCUAACAGUCGGUGAUACACUCCUCUUCGCCGCUCACGCCCGAGCGCCGAGUAACCGACUUCCCGGUGUCACACGCGACCAGUAUGCGACGCAUAUGCGGGAUGUGGUGAUGGCGACGCUUGGCCUGACCCAUACCAUGAACACAAAGGUGGGCAAUGAGCUCAUUCGAGGUGUAUCCGGUGGGGAACGAAAGCGGGUCAGUAUCGCCGAAACCACCCUGUGUCGAUGCCCUUUGCAGUGUUGGGACAACAGCACCCGUGGACUCGACAGCUCAACGGCCCUGGAAUUCGUUAAGAACAUCCGCCUCUCCACUGAGUAUAGUGGAUCCACCGCUAUUGUCGCAAUCUACCAAGCAAGUCAGUCCAUCUAUGACCUGUUUGACAAGGCGAUCGUGCUCUACGAAGGUCGUCAGAUCUAUUUCGGAAGUGCAGCCAAUGCACGACGCUUCUUCAUCCAUAUGGGAUUUCACUGCCCAGAUAGACAAACCACUGCGGACUUCCUCACCUCCCUCACCAGUCCGUCGGAACGUCUUGUUCGCCCCGGGUUCGAAGACUAUGUUCCACGCACACCCGAUGAGUUUGCAGCACGCUGGAAGGAAAGCCCAGACCGCAAGCAGCUUCUCGCGGAGAUUGAAAGCAAUGCAGCUGGAAAAUCCGACAAGGUUGAGCAGUUCCGUCGCUCUCGUGCAGCAGACAAAGCCAGACUUACUCGUGAACGCUCGCCAUACACACUCUCGUAUCCGAUGCAAGUCCGCCUAUGUCUUUGGCGAGGAUUCUUGCGGCUCAGGGCAGACAUGGCUAUGACGCUUGCCACGCUCCUUGGGAAUGUUGGCAUGUCUCUAAUCAUUUCCAGUCUCUUCUAUGACACACCGGACAAUACCGACAGCUUCUUCAAUCGUGGAAGCCUGCUUUUCUUUGCGAUCAUGAUCAGUGCCUUCUCUAGCUCACUGGAAAUCAUGGUCAUGUGGCAGCAGCGGCCGAUCGUGGAAAAGCAUCGCAAGUACGCAUUAUACCAUACCUCAGCGGAAGCUCUCAGCGCGUACAUUGUGGAACUCCCAUCAAAGCUCUUGCUAGCCGUCGCUUUCAAUUUGAUCAUCUAUUUCUUACCUCAUCUUCGGCGAACUGCAGGACAUUUCUGGAUCUUUUUCCUGAUUUCGGUAACAACAACCCUUGUGAUGUCCAAUAUCUUCCGGUUUAUCGGCGCAAUCUCGCGAUCUGUGGCCCAGGCCAUGCCCCCUGCUUCAGUCUUCAUGCUAGUCUUGGUCAUUUACACCGGGUUUACUAUUCCUGUCCGCGAUAUGCAUCCCUGGUUUCGGUGGCUUAACUAUGUGAACCCGAUUGCUUACGCCUUUGAGGCCUUGAUGAUCAAUGAAUUCGGCGGACGGUCCUUCCCUUGCACGAAUUUUGUCCCAGGCAUCUUGGACAUCUACAAGGAUGCACCUCUCAGCUCCAAAAUCUGUUCACAGAAGGGUGCUGUGGCAGGUCAAAAUUUCAUCGACGGAGAGGCAUACAUUAACACAACUUACGAAUACUACAGCCAUCAUCUGUGGCGAAGCUUCGGAUUUCUUUGCGUUUUCUUCGCCAUCUUCUUUGUGCUGUACCUUUUCAGCAGCGAGCUCAUCCGGGCUAAACCAUCCAAAGGUGAGAUUCUGGUGUAUCCGCGCGGCAAGAUUCCUGCGUUUGCGAAGAAUGUUCGAAAAGAGGAUCCAGAGGAGGUCAUUGCAUCCGAGAAAGGUGCAGUUGCUAGCGGAUCUCGGGACACAACUGCGGCAAUUGUUCGCCAAACUUCUAUCUUCCACUGGGAGAAUGUGUGUUUCGACAUCAAGAUCAACGGAGUUCCGCGACGCAUCCUGGACAGCGUGGAUGGUUGGGUCAGACCAGGCACUCUGACGGCCUUGAUGGGUGUCACUGGUGCAGGAAAAACAUCCUUGCUCGAUGUGUUGGCCGACCGUGUCACUAUUGGCAUCGUCCCGGGCGAUAUGCUUAUCGAUGGCCGCCUACGCGACGAUUCUUUCCAGCGAAAGACAGGUUAUGUGCAGCAACAGGAUUUGCAUAUGGAGACCAGCACUGUUCGUGAAGCUCUAGCUUUUAGCGCUCUACUACGACAGCCUGCUAGCAUUCCUCGAGGAGAAAAGAUUGCAUACGUCGAAGAGGUUAUCCACAUGCUCGGCAUGGAAGAAUACGCAGAUGCCGUGGUCGGAGUUGCCGGUGAGGGUCUCAAUGUGGAGCAGCGCAAGCGGCUGACUAUUGGCGUGGAGCUGGCAGCUAGGCCAAAUUUGCUGCUGUUCUUUGACGAACCAACUUCGGGUCUGGAUAGUCAAACUGCUUGGUCAAUCUGUACUCUGAUGCGCAACUUGGCCGACCACGGUCAGGCUGUACUGUGUACCAUUCACCAACCUUCGGCAAUGCUGAUGCAGCAGUUCGACCGCCUAUUGUUCCUCGCCAAGGGAGGACGCACAGUUUACUUUGGUGAGCUUGGCACAAAUAUGGAGACAUUGAUUAAAUACUUCGAAGACAAAGGGUCCAUCAAGUGCCCUAAGAACGCAAACCCGGCCGAGUGGAUGCUUGAGGUUAUUGGUGCUGCGCCAGGCUCUCAUGCGGAUAGAGAUUGGGCUGAACAAUGGACCAACAGUGCUGAGCGCGCCGAGGUUCGCAAACAGCUAGCGGAAAUGAAAGCAGAAUUGUCUAAGAAGCCUCAACCAGCCCAGGCUGCAGGUUUUGGUGAAUUCGCCAUGCCAAUCUGGUAUCAGAUCCUUGUUUGUACUCAACGCACGUUCGAGCAGUACUGGAGAUCUCCGUCGUAUCUAUACGCCAAGACCCUCACCUGCACUGUCCCACCACUGUUCCUCGGAUUCACCUUCUAUCAUAUGCCUACCAGUCUCCAAGGACUGCAGAAUCAGAUGUUUGCAAUCUUCAUGAUACUCGUCAUCUUCCCGGGUCUGGUCCAGCAGAUGAUGCCGGCCUUCGACACGCAGCGCGCUUUGUAUGAGGCACGCGAACGGCCUUCAAAGACCUACUCGUGGAUCGCAUUCAUGAUAGCCAGUAUUGUCGUGGAGCUGGCAUGGAAUAUCGUGAUGUCGAUACCAGUCUUUUUCAGCUGGUACUACCCAAUCGGGUUCUAUCGGAAUGCAGAGCCUACGAAAUCUGUCAUCGAACGAAGCGCCAUCAUGUACGUGCUCAUUCUGAUUUUCAUGUUGUUCACGUCGACUUUCAGCUCCAUGAUGAUUGCUGGAAUUGAACAUCCUGAUACCGCCAGCAACAUUGCUCAGUUCAUGUUCUCCAUGUGCUUGGUCUUCAAUGGCGUUCUCGCGAAUUCGUCUUCUAUGCCUCGAUUCUGGAUCUUUAUGAAUCGCGUAUCGCCAUUCACCUACUUUGUGUCGGCCGUCCUCUCUACUGGCCUGUCUGGGAACACUGUGCAAUGUUCCAGUAUUGAGGUGCUCACCGUAUCGCCUCCAGAUGGACAGACUUGCGGCAGUUAUCUGAACCCUUAUAUUCAGGCUAUUCAUGGCACAUUGCUGAAUCCCGAGGCAUCGGUGGACUGCAAGGUCUGCACGAUGUCUAGAACGGACCAAUUCCUUGCAAGCCUCAACAUGUAUUACUCGGAUGUUCCGCGCAAUAUCGGUUUGCUAUUCGUCUAUGUGGCGUUCAAUAUCGUCGCCGCGCUCUUCUUGUACUGGCUCUGCCGCGUGCCCAAGCGUCGGUCACGCAACGUUACGCAGACCUAA